AUAUCAUCUACCCUCAAAUACGAGAGUAGCAACACCUAUAAAGGACAUACAAGGAUUGUAUCACUAUCCUCAUCAUGGUUGACUUUAAAGUUACGCCGUUAAAAGUACCUCUUCUGCAAAAUAACUGCCUUUUACACCCUAACAAAGACUAAUCAUUGAUACACUGAAUUUCUUCGUUGAUGUACGACAGUCGCCUCAAUAAUCAGUUAAUGUAAUAGCAUUUUUGUAGAAUUCACAUACAUAAAAAAAAAGCAAAUUUGUGAAUCUGUCAGCUGUUACGUGAAGUAUGACUAUUGACAUAACAAUUUGUGCGAGGGGAAUGCACAUUGGGCGAUAAAAGGAAAUCGAGCAUUAAUUGAUCUUUCAGGGGAAACCAGAACGAAAAUGAAAACUCUGUGACCUUUUUUUUUCAAAAAAAAGAAAAAUCAGAAGAAAAAGAGAUAGAUGGGUGAAUUUUUUGGCGUUUACAAACGACUCUAAUCUAGUUAAUGUUCAUACUCUCCGAAUUAGAAGACACAGUUAAAAUACUGCCAAAUGAUUUUAGAAAAGACGACAAUACAGCAAUUACCGAUGUACUAAAUGAGAAAUAUGCAAAUAAAGUGGUGCAAGAAGUAGGUCUUUGCAUCUGCGUUCAUGACAUCUUGCACGCUUCGGAGGGUCUUAUCCUUUAUGGUGACGGAUGCAGUUAUAAGAAGGUGACAUUUCGCCUUGUUGUCUUUAGGCCUUUCGUAGGCGAAAUUUUGACAGGCAGAGUGAAAAGUUGUUCACCAGUCGGAGUAGUAGUAACGAUGGGCUUUUUCGACGAUAUUCUUAUUCCAGCAGUAGCAUUACAACCCGGAUCAAAAUUUGAUCCAGCAGAGCAAGUUUGGGUUUGGAAUUAUGAAGGUGAAAAGUUGUUCAUGGAUAUCGAAGAACCUAUACGAUUUAAAGUAUACCGAGAAUCAUUCACAGACACUACUCCUACAAAUCAUCCGACAUCCAGUACACCACGAAGAAGACAAUCCAUUGCCGAUGCCACAGCAAACAAUGAACUUGCUGCAAACUCUACGAAAGUACCACCAUAUUCUCUAACCUGUACUAUCAAUGAAGAUGGUUUAGGUCUCUUGUCGUGGUGGGGAAGUUAAUCCGAUUUAUCUAUUAAAGCAGAGGAGAAGAAGUCAAUGUCCCAAACUGCUAUUAAUUAAACAGCAAUUCACAAUUUCAAGCAUCAUCUCUUUUUAAACAGCUCGUUUUUAAAAUGUAUCAGCAAUGCAAAUAUUUUAGAGAAGGAGGCUGGGCUAAAAGUUGUCAAGCCUGCAAUAAGCCCAAGAACAACUAUCUAUUAUCGAAACUCCACUUGUAUAUAUCACAAAGCGCAUUAUCACAAACACGUACCCGCACAUGCACCUUUUGCCAAAAUGCUGUCGCAAAUAAUGAAUAAACUAAAAGUGUCAUAUAUUUUCAGAGAAGAGUGUCGUACAAUUAGGACAAAAGGAUGUAUAAGGAAAAAUAGUGUCGUGCCUUUCAAAGAAAGAAAAAAGAUGUUGCAUAUGUAACUAUUUAUUAGAUAAGAUAGCC